GCACAACACCAGAGAGUGUUAUAACACUUGACUUGACUUUGAUUUCAAUUUAAUUAAUUGUUAUUUAAUUUCAUAAUUAAUUGAUUAAUAUAUAUAUUUUGAAUUGAAUUUUGUAGUGAAUAUAUCGGUGUUUGUUAUUUGAAGACUUGUGCUGAACGUUAAUAUCUGUAUCGUAUGAAUACUAUGAAUUACAAUGGAUCACAACAGGGUCUCGAGCAGCAGUUUGCUGGUCUGGACCUAACCGGUGGUACUUCAGGCAAAUACAUUCCUCCACACCUGCGAAACAGUCGCCAAAACUCGUACCAAAACUCUGGUCCACAACAACCACAACAACCGCAACAAAGGGAAGACUAUAGUCGUGACAACAACUCUCGACCACCGCAUCAGGACUACAAUUCGCGACCCAAUUAUCGCGGCAGAAACAGUGGUAAUCGUGGUUCGCGUCAAAACGCGGCUCCAAAUGCCGGUUAUGUAAACCAAAACAAUGCUUACGAGAGACCUAACAAUCAAUUCGGAGGCUAUAAUAACGAUCGUUCGCCUAAUUAUCAACAAAAGCCAAAUCAAAGGAAAGUAAGUGUUGAGACGAACCGAAAUGUGGACCCUUUCGGCCGAUCCAACACUGAUAGCAAUUGGAGAGAUCCCAAUGCGCCCAAAGUGGAGGGCGAGGUCUUUGAGAGUUCGCGGCCGACCACUCGUCGGUUCGACGACUACCGCUCGCAAUACGACGACUGGAGUAUUCCUCUCGACAGGAAUGAGGCUCAGGAACGGUAUCUGUUCUCUUCAGGACAUACGGGCAUUAAUUUCGACAAAUACGAGGACAUCCCGGUGGAGGCGACCGGACUCAACUGUCCAGAUCAUAUUGAGGCCUUUGAUGACAAAGAGAUGAGACUGACCUCAAUCAUUGAGAUGAACGUGAAACUGGCCCAGUAUUCGGUGCCCACUCCGGUUCAGAAGUACGCGAUUCCAAUUAUUUUAUCGAAGCGUGAUUUGAUGGCCUGCGCGCAGACCGGUUCCGGAAAGACGGCCGCCUUUCUUCUGCCGAUUCUGAAUCAGAUCUUCGAAAACGGACGCCCGAAGAACUUCCCUGCGGUGCGUCCCGGAGCUAAAGUCAAACAAUACCCGUUGGCAUUGAUUCUGUCGCCCACUCGAGAACUGGCGCUACAGAUCUACGACGAGGCGUGUAAAUUCGCAUACCGUUCCCGCGUCAGGCCCUGUGUUGUCUACGGCGGUGCGGAUCCCGUCCAGCAGAUGAAAGACUUGGAUCGUGGCUGUCAACUACUCGUCGCCACUCCUGGUCGUUUGGUAGACAUGACUGAAAGAGGAAAGAUAAGCCUUGAAAUGGUUCGGUAUCUGGUGUUAGACGAGGCCGACCGCAUGCUUGACAUGGGUUUUGAGCCACAGAUUCGUCGAAUAGUAUUAGAAGACAAUAUGCCCCGGACUGGUGACCGACAAACACUUAUGUUUUCGGCUACUUUUCCCAAAAAAGUUCAAGAGUUGGCCCGAAAUUUUCUCGACAAUUAUAUUUUCUUAGCGGUGGGACGAGUGGGCAGUACUUCAGAGAAUAUCACUCAGAAAAUAGUUUGGGUGGAAGAGACCGAUAAAAAGUCGUUUUUGUUGGAUUUGUUGAACGCCGCGGGUCUCAAGAAUCAGAAUCCCCCGCUCGAUUCGUUGACUUUGGUGUUCGUUGAGACGAAGAAAGGCGCCGACUCUUUGGAGACAUUCCUGGAAAGGGAUGGCUAUCCUGUGACGAGUAUUCACGGCGAUCGCUCCCAACGUGAGCGCGAAGAGGCGUUGAACUCUUUCCGAACCGGUCGCACACCUAUUUUGGUGGCCACAGCAGUGGCCGCUCGGGGUCUCGAUAUCCCGAAUGUGAAACAUGUAAUCAACUUUGAUUUGCCGACCGAUAUAGAAGAGUAUGUCCACAGAAUUGGUAGAACUGGAAGAGUAGGCAACUUAGGAUUGGCCACAUCUUUCUUCAAUGACAAGAACAAGAACAUGGCUAUAGACCUGUGCGAACUCGUCAGUGAGACUAAACAAGAAGUGCCGCAUUGGCUCCAAGCCGUCAGCAAAGAGGUGCAAAGCGAACAGCGCUCUAAUAGUCAACGCAAAUACGGCGGCGGCAACUCGUAUAAAAAGUUUGGCGCCGGAGGGUUUGGAUCCCGGGAUUACCGUCAGUUUGAUCGCGGAGGCAAUCAACGCAACGCAGGAAACGGUCGCCCAUCGAAUGGCCCCAACUAUGGAAACCCUACGCCGGACUCUCGGUAUCAGAAUUAUGGCAACUCAGGUAUGCCUCCUAACUAUAUGGUUGCCGUUCGCAACGGCUCGUACGGCGGUAACUACAGUUCGGGCGCAUCGGGUCCUGACUGGUGGGGCAACUGAUGCGGUCGCCAACUAUUUAUUGGUUGAGCAGUCAUUUGUUUUGAAUAUAAUUCUUAUAAAUAGAGUGGAGUUGAGGUCACAUCCAGUGCUAUGAAAGUAUCGAUUCAUUCCAUUUUGAAUCUCAAUUGAUUUGUAAUUUUAUUUUCAAAACCAUUAAAUUAGCGAAACAUAAAUGACUGUUAUUUUAAUGUUUUAUAAUUUCCUUAAAUGUCGAUUAGAUUUUAACUCAAUUACCAAAUGAUAACAAUUAGUAUUUAAAAAUGUCAGUCAUUAGAAAUAAGUUAUUUUGUUUUUUACAAUAUUGUCCACAUAUUUGUGUUAAAUUAUAACGAAUUUGCAAACAAAAUGAUCACUUGUUGACUCCGACCCACAAUUCAUUACACCAUUCAAUUGUAAAACAUUUAAUACAUUUAAAAUAAUUACACAAAAAUACUUUAUUUAUAAUGAAUUGUUUUCAUGGCUGACAAUAUUGGGCUCAUAUUUAUAUUAAUCAAUAUUAAUUAAAUUUAUAAUUUCAUAAACUGUUUUAGAUUAGAAGUUGUCAUCCCUUUCCUGACAAUUGAUUUAUUUAAAUAAUGAAUUUCUUAUACUGUAUGUGACUAAACAUGAAAAGGGAUGACAAGUAAAGCAAAACAACUCUAUCUUGUAUACCGUAUGUGCAGCUCUACACCUCUCAAUAGUGAACAUCUUUCUAUCCCAAUCACUUACAACACAGUUAGAGUACAUUAAGAGAUGUUUUGCUUUUAAUUCAACAAUUAUUACUGUCUUAUACACUAAACUAACGUUUGUUAUUAUGUGGAAAGUAUGGCAUUCUCUAUGUGUUUACUCGACACCUGUAAUAGUGUGAGGUAUGGCUGCACCCAAUGUACUAAACAUAAAGUUAGAGUCAGUUGUGGUCACCUUUCGAUGCGGACCCGAGUGUCAAAAGCAUUGCUUUUGGACAAAAGCUGAACUCUGUAUUGAAAGCGAAAGUCUAACCAUAUAUUUGUUUUGCGUCAACUGAUUGCAGAGACCUUUCCUUUUGGGCUAAUUGUAUGAGAAUAAGCUGUAGUAGAGUCUCAUUAUAUGACUAUUUAUUGCCCUUUUAUUGCUCUGAACGCAUGUCCAAAGCCGAGAAUGGCUUCGAUUGCCGACACAACCUUUGAUCGGAUUCUAGUCUUUGGAUUCAUGUGUUUCCACUAUUUCUCUAUUGUAUAAAACAUUUUGUUAAUAAACUAAUGUCAGACAUAACGCCAUCACAAAUAUCUUCAUGAUUACUGUCAUUCGAUCUCUCAAUCAUUUCUUACUCUCAUAUCCGAUAUUUUUGUACAAAUCUAUUGAUUUCUAAGUGAGCUUUUAAGCAGUUGUUAAUACAUUUUUAAAGAUGUUUGUGAUGUGUGUAUAGAAACACAUAUUGUUUGGCCAUUAAUUGGCUGUAAUUUAGAUAAACUAUAAAUUGAAUGCUAAUUAGUGUGCCUUAUAUUUCAAAAUUGCUUAAAGUAUUGAUGACUGUUAUGUCUGUACUGUCCAUAAGACCAGUGCUAACAUUACAGUCAACAUUACACCCAAACUAUGAACCAAAUCUAUUAUGUGAUUCUAUUAGCAAAUUAUAGCCAAACUAUCACUUAAUUCUUCUGUAUUUUUAUGAAAUUGUCGAACAAUGGCUUAUGUUUAGUGAUAGAGUAAUAGUAAAGAUAGUAUAAAACAAGUGCUCAUUCAAUAUGUGAUAACUGAGAUUACUUAAGGACAUCAUAUAUGGCAUUGUUUUGAACCAUUUCUCAGCCAAACCUAAGCAAACCGUGAGGGCUCUAACCGUAAGCGAAACGACCAUUACAUCCCAUCUCUAGUCGCAAACCUGUGAACGCAAACUAACAUAACUUACAAUAAUCGACUCUUUCGAGAGGUCUCUGCUUUAAAACACAUUUCACACAUUUGUUGUCAAUUAUUAUACAUUUCUUUUCCAUUACGAUAUGUGAAUGAGUGCAGCCUUUUAUACAACGACUAACUCUUUGUAUUAAUUGAAUGCCAUUCGAGUGUUUCUAUUAUUUAUGUAUUUAUUGACAAUAAAUAAUCAAUUGUUUUCUUUAUCUCUCAAUCUAUAUAUUAAUUUAUUUAAUAUAUCUUUGAAUGAAAAUAAAUUUCAAAAUUUCUAACCAUUUAUA